AUGCUUUCGAUUCUCUGUUGUGUAUGUGUUUCAGACAAGGCAAAACCAAUAAUCUAUCUAUCUAUCUAUCUAUCUAUCUAUCUAUCUAUCUAUCUAUCUAUCUAUCUCAUUCUACUGGUAUCUAUCUAUCUAUCUAUCUAUCUAUCUAUCUAUCUCAUUCUACUGGUAUCUAUCUAUCUAUCUAUCUAUCUAUCUAUCUAUCUAUCUAUCUAUCUAUCUCAUUUUGUUCAAAUCUAUCUAUCUAUCUAUCUAUCUAUCUCAUUUUGUUCAAAUCUAUCAGGUCUGUUCAAAUCUAUCUAUCUAUCUCAGUUUGUUAAAAUCUAUCAGGUCUGUUCAAAUCUAUCUAUCUAUCUACCUAUCUAUCUAUCUCAUUCUACUGGUAUCUAUCUAUCUAUCUAUCUAUCUAUCUAUCUAUCUAUCUAUCUCAGUUUGUUCAAAUCUAUCAGGUCUGUUCAAAUCUAUCUAUCUAUCUAUCUAUCUAUCUAUCUAUCUAUCUAUCUAUCUAUCUAUCUCAUUCUACUGUUAACUAUCUAUCUAUCCAUCUAUCUAUCUAUCUAUCUAUCUAUCUAUCUAUCUAUCUCAUUUUGUUCAAAUCUAUCAGGUCUGUUCAGAUCUAUCUAUCUAUCUAUCUAUCUAUCUAUCUAUCUAUCUAUCUAUCUCAUUCUACUGGUAUCUAUCUAUCUAUCUAUCUAUUUAUCUAUCUAUCUCAUUUUGUUCAAAUCUAUCAAGUCUGUUCAGAUCUAUCUAUCUAUCUAUCUAUCUCAGUUUGUUCAAAUCUAUCAGGUCUGUUCAGAUCUAUCUAUCUAUCUAUCUAUCUAUCUAUCUAUCUAUCUAUCUAUCUAUCUAUCUAUCUAUCUAUCUAUCUAUCUCAUUCUACUGGUAUCUAUCUAUCUAUCUAUUUAUCUAUCUAUCUCAUUUUGUUCAAAUCUAUCAAGUCUGUUCAGAUCUAUCUAUCUAUCUAUCUAUCUAUCUCAGUUUGUUCAAAUCUAUCAGGUCUGUUCAAAUCUAUCUAUCUAUCUAUCUAUCUAUCUAUCUAUCUAUCUAUCUAUCUAUCUAUCUAUCUAUCUAUCUAUCUAUCUAUCUCAGUCUGUUCAGAUCUAUCAUAUCUAUAACAUGUAUAUUCCUUCUUCUUUCCUAGCACAUCUUACUUUAAUGUUAAUAUUCUUUCUUUCUUUCUUUCUUUCUUUCUUUCUUUCUUUCUUUCUUUCUUUCUUUCUUUCUUUCUUACCUUCUUUCGCACAGUAUAACAUCUCUUGCGCUUUCUAUCUUUCUUUCUUUCUUUCUUUCUUCCUUUCUUUCCUUCUUUCUUUCUUUCUUUCCUUCUUUCUUUCUUUCUUUCUUUCUUUCUUUCUGAUUCACUUUCUUACCUUCUUUAGCAGUAUAACAUCUCUUGCGCUUUCUAUCUUUCAUUCUUUCUUUCUUUCCUUCUUUCUUUCUUUCUUUCUUUCUUUCUUUCUUUCCUUCUUUCUUUCUUUCUUUCUAUAUUUCUUUCUUUCUUUCUUUCUUUUUUCUGUGAUUCUUCAGAAUGUUUUUUGCUCGUUCCGCCCCACUCUCUCUUUAUCUCAAUAUUCUUCACUUUUUUCUUUCUCCUUACUUGAUAUUCCUUUCAACGUUCCCUCUUAUUUUUUUUUAUUCCGUUAUUUUCUUUUUCCUUUCUUUUGCUUGAAUCUUCCUUACACAUCUUUUAUAUUAUUUGUUUUCCUCCUCAGCGUUUCAUUCAUGCUCAUUCUUUCUGUCGUUUCUUUCUGUCGUUUCUUUCUUUCUUUCUUUCUUUCUUUCUUUCGUUUAUUUCUCAAUUUUCUUCCCACUUUCUUUUUUUAUUUCUCUGUUUUUUCUCUCCUUUUUUCAUAUUCUUUCUUUCUUUUUCUGUUUGUCUCUCUUCUCUUUCUUUAUAUUCUUUCUUUCCGUUUUUCAGCCUCUUCUCAUUUCUUAAUUUUUCAUUCUCCUCUUUCUUCACAAUAUCUAUUUUUCUUUCUUUCAUCAUUCCUCCACCUUCAUCUAAUUUUCUGCUAA